AUGUUUUCAGGGAAAGUUUACGUGAAAAACCAUUAUUCUGAUCCGGAAUGCCGCACCAAUAUUCAAGCAUCGAGCGCUGAGGAACCGCGGCAGUUUGGCGUCACCUUUAUCAUCAGACAUAACCAUUGCGGCAUGGAGAGAAUGAGACCGAUUCGGUCACAAGGCGUUCAAUAUUCGACGGUGAUCGUCGUUUCGUUUCAUCCGAUUUUCAUCACCCAGUUCGAUCGAGCUUUCAACAUUAUUUGCAACUACCAAGAAUCCGACCAGACGGUUCUGUCAGAAAUGGAAAUUGGUACAAUAGCCACCUCGUCCAUCAGCGAAACGCUGCCCCUUCCUGUCUGCUCCUACACUAUUCACCGUGACAAGCUUGACGGCGAGACCGUCAGGUACGCCAGAGUCGGCGACCAGGUCGUUCAUCGGUGGCUUUGCGACACAGACGUGUAUGGAAUGCUCGUGCAUUCGUGUUAUGUCGAAGAUGGACACGGCGUGAACGUAUUGGUGGUAGACUCGAAGGGCUGUCACACAGACCGCGUACUGCUUGGAGAUCCGACGUAUGUCGAAGCGUUGAAUAUGGCCUAUCGGGAGUCGUACGUGUUCAGAUUCGCUGAUAAAAUGGUCGUACGCUUCAAGUGUCAAAUUCGUCUCUGUCUGAAGAUCGACGGCAGAUGUGCAGGCAUCACUGUAGUUUCUGUACGACCCAAUUUACAGAUCUGA